AAGGGACAUGUUAGAGGCUGGCAGGGCCGCGGAGCAGCACGUCUAGACGGGGUAACAGACACCCUUUCAGAGAUGGGCUACUUCGCCCAAAGAGGAAGGAGACGAAUUUGAACUGUCUAGCUACAACCUAGGCUAAGUGUGGUGUUUGUGGACGCUCAUAUGCAAGAGUUAUUUAAUGUUUAAAAUGUGGGAGAUGGUGGCGUUACCGAGAGCGAGCUCUCCCUUCCUGUCGUCUAGGACAAGAUGGCAGCAAUGCAGGCGAACUGUGCAUGGUAUGGAUUUAUAAGUCCAUAACAUGUUCAGAGAAGCCCUGGAUCAUACUUAUAGUGACUCUAUGUGAAGGUAUGGCCUCACAAGUCUUGGUCUACCCACCACACAUUUAUCAAACCCAGACAAGUGCCUUUAGCAGUGUGAAGAAACUUAAAGUUGAGCCCAGCAGCUGUGUGUACCAUGAGAGGGCACACCCGCGGACUUAUCUGAACAGCAGAACCCUUGGCAUUGUGCACCCAACACAACAAGCCCACUCGUUUGUGAACCGAGACUUGGCAGUGGGCGUGAAAGUGCGUGGAGGACAAGAGUACCCGGUGCAGACGGUGGUGGUGCGUGGUGUACAGAGACAACAGCCCGGUAAAAGAGGAGGAAGAGGGAGAGGAGGAGGGAGAGGAGGAGGAGGGGGACAAAGUCCAGCUGCGGCCCAGCAGCGACAGGACGCAGGGGUCGACCGAUCGCAGGGCAAGGAGCAGCAGCAGACAGAAACAGCAAGUGGGGGCAGCAGUGGAGCAACAGGGGCAGGAGGAGGGGGAAGGGGAGAGGGCUGCAGUGGAGGAGGUGAGGGAGGUGGAGAGGACGAGGGUGACAGAGAAGAGAACUGUGGAGGUUUGAACUCAGCCGACAGCUCUCAGCGAUGUGGGCUGAAACGUAAAAGUGAGGAGCUGGAUAACCGAGGGAGCACCAUGCAGAUUGUGGAGGAACUGUCAAUGUUGCCGGCUAUGAUGCAAACGACGAAUGUGGGGAACGCAGCCAUGACUGCGCCUGCGGCAGUGGGGGCUGGAGGGGGCCCCUCAAAACAGGGUGUAGGUGCAGCAGGGGGGGCCGGGGGAGAUGGGGACUAUCAGGUCGUACAGCAUGAAGUCCUGUGUUCCAUGAAGAAUACAUAUGAAGUGCUGGAUUUCUUGGGACGUGGCACAUUUGGCCAGGUUGUAAAGUGCUGGAAGAGGGGCACGGGUGAAGUAGUGGCUGUGAAGAUCCUGAAGAACCACCCUUCAUAUGCACGGCAGGGUCAAAUCGAAGUUGGCAUCCUUGCUCGUCUGAGUGGGGAGAACGCAGAUGAGCACAACCUGGUGCGAGCCUUUGAAUGCUUCCAGCAUCGCAGCCACACCUGCCUGGUGUUUGAGAUGCUUGAGCAGAACCUGUACGAUUUCCUGAAGCAGAAUAAGUUCAGCCCGCUGCCCCUGAAAGUGAUCAGACCUGUUCUACAGCAAGUAGCUACAGCUCUGAAAAAGCUGAAGAGCAUGGGUCUGAUUCAUGCAGACCUCAAGCCGGAGAACAUAAUGCUGGUGGACCCAGUGAGGCAACCCUACAGGGUGAAGGUGAUAGACUUUGGCUCAGCCAGUCAUGUGUCCAAAGCAGUGUGCUCCACGUACCUCCAGUCUCGGUACUAUAGGGCUCCAGAAAUUAUUUUGGGAUUGCCGUUUUGUGAAGCCAUAGACAUGUGGUCCUUAGGCUGUGUGAUAGCUGAACUCUUCCUGGGCUGGCCCCUUUACCCUGGGGCCCUGGAGUACGACCAGAUUCGCUACAUUUCUCAGACACAAGGUUUGCCAGGAGAACAUUUAUUGAAUGCGGGGACAAAGACGGCACGGUUCUUUUGCAGAGAAUCUGACUCCCCUUAUGCGGCAUGGAGACUAAAGUCAACGGAUGAGCAUGAGACGGAGACGGGAAUGAAAUCAAAGGAAGCCAGGAAGUACAUCUUCAGCUGUUUGGACGACAUAGCGCACGUGAACUUGGUGAUGAAUCUGGAAGGUAGUGACUUGUUGGCAGAGAAGGCAGACCGUCGGGAGUUUGUGGGCCUGCUGAAGAAGAUGUUGUUGAUUGAUGCAGAAGAGAGGAUUUCCCCUGCCGAAGCUCUCAGCCAGCCCUUUGUGACGAUGCAACACCUGCUCGACUUUCCCCACAGCAACCAUGUGAAGUCAUGUUUUCACAUCAUGGAUGUUUGCUGGACUCGUCCCUGUGCAUAUGAGGCAGCCAACAGAAAUAAAGGUCCUUUCAUCAGACCUGUGACCACAACCGCUGCUGCCUCUGUCAACCACCCAUUCAGCAAGAUUGCCGGUGUCCACACUCAAGGAUUAGCCCCAUCAGCCCCAUCAGUGAUGCACCCUGGGAUACCACUGCAGACAGGAAGUGGUCAGUUUGGAUGCAACGAUUCGUUUCAGCAGGCACUCAUUCUAUGUCCCCCAACCAUUCAAGGAAUCCCCACUAACACGGCUAAACCAGCAGGCUUUUCUGUUCGAAUGGAGGCAUCUGUGCCUCUUGUCACUCAAGCGCCCCCCAUCCAGCCCAUACAAAUCAGACCUGGAGUCAUCACACAGGCCUGGUCUAAUCGUGCACAGCAGAUCUUGGUGCCCACUUGGCAGCAGGUGACAUCAGUGCCCCCGCCCCCAACCACUUUGGCAUCCGACACUGUGGCGGGCUCACAAAGAUUGGGUGACUGGGGGAAAGUGCGUCCCCAUGGUAACCAUUACAGCUCCAUGAUUGCACACCCUCAGCCAUUCUUAACCAACCAAAUGACCAUGUCCACCCACCAGCCAAUCAACAUAGGCAUUGCACAUGUGGUGUGGCCACAGCCAACUGCAAACAAGAGAGCCAAGCCUUGUGUGAACAGGGGCAGCAACUUCUCCCAAAACACGAACGUCCAAAAUUUAGCAUGCCAGUCCCCAAAGAUGGCCGAUACAGCAAAGAAUGUGCAGCAGGUAGAAGCCAGGUGCCCAGAGGAAGGGCAUACCGCAGGAGAGGAUCAAAGAACAGUGCAGGUGGAGGAGGAUGAUGAGAACUGCUGUAAAGUGGAGCCAGACUGUGAGGAGCUUUCAGUUUCGCACGAGCAGCGGCAGGCAAUGGUCAUCUCUGAUCUAGCUAGCCCGACUGUCAGUGUCAUCAGUAUCAGCAGCGACGAAGAGGAGAGUGCACAAAGACACUCAAUGGGGGAGUGUAAAGGAAGUGCAGAUUGUGAGGCGUGUCAGAGCACCGUCAGUAUGGAGAGAGUCUGUUCCCUCAGCAGUCCAGACAGCACGCUCAGCACCAGCUCUUCAGCCUCAGCCCAGUCCAGCACCUCACCCUGCAAACACCCUAACAGUAUGUCAGACGAUGAACAGGAGAGUGGUUGUGACACGGUUGACAGCUCGCCCACUUCAGACGCCUCUGGCCAUAGCAACAGUCCCUUUGCACAGCGACGAUUCAUCGCCGACAGCAACCAGAACUGCGAGCCCCGUGUUGCGUGUGUUGCCCCGGAGACCGAGCCCAGCAAGCCAACAGUUCGUACUGUUGUGGUGCCUCCAAUGAGGGUGCAGAACAACAACAACAAUUACCCUGCUGUCAGUGAAACAUGUGGGAACACAGGUCACAUGGCCUGGGAUUAUGCUGUCUUUGUAGACCACAGAGGUUCUCACAGUGUUAGAGUCUUCAUGCCAGUCCAAAGGGCGAGGUAUUCCUGGGCGACAACAUCACCACUCGACGCCCCUCCUCAACAGGCCGCAGAAGAUCACCCCUGCAUUCCAGCCCCAGCAACAGCAGCCUAUAGGCUUUGGGCAGGUGCAGCAUUUCGGCUCCUGCCAUCAGGAAUGGAACGGCAACUUUGCCCACCGGAGACCACAGGCCUACAUCCCUCCCACCAUGCAUGGGCACACAUUCACCCUGUCCCACAGCAGCCCAAACCACACUACAGGCCCCCACCCCCACCUUGGGGGCCACCCGCACACCCAGCCCACCUUACUGUCUUACCCACCGCCUGGUCCUCUGGUCACGGCUGCACCCGUGGCCCACCUCCUGGCUUCCCCUGUAGCCUCCCGCCCCGUCCUGCAGCCCACCUACAGCAUCUCCCACCCGGCAGGCAUCGUACAUCAGGUCACAGUGGGCAUCAACCCCCGGCUGCUGCCCUCCCCCACCUUGCACCCCCAGGGCCAAUUCAAGCCCCUCUUUCCCCCGCAUUCCUACAUUGCCUCGCCCGCCUACGCCAGUUUCCCUCUCAGCCCCACCAAAAUAAACCAGUACCCUUACAUCUGAGCAUGGCUGCCCAGGUUCCCUUUAUACCACCUGAGGGCUAAGUGAGCAGGGCGAAAUCUAUCUUAAACCACAAACAACAUGGUUUUCAUUUCCAAAACCAUGGCACAACCACAGAGAAAGCAAGCUAUUUUUUGAAUCAUGUAGACUUGGGUGUAAUUGAACUUCAAGCUUUAAAAGAAAAAAAAAGAGUUCCAUUGGUGGGGAUUAUUUGGGCAAAAAUUAAGAAGGAAAUAAUGUAUGAAUGGUUGAGUGAAAGAAUGAAUGAGUAGUUAAACUCACACUUAAUGUGUUUUGCACAUUUGAUAUAUAUCUUUGCAUUGGAUCUUCUACGAAUACUCCUCAAAACAGGUAAAAUAAUUGGGGUGGUGUUGAAUAGUUAGACUUUGCACCCCUGAUCCCAGCUAUUUUUCUAUAUUGCCUUCUUACAUGUGCAAGACACAUCCAUAUUUGUAAAGCCAUCCCAGUCUCUAGCUCUAGAUCGACAGAUGCACACAUUGUCCACAGUGUAUGUUGUACUGCGUUUGAAGUAUUUGUACCUUUUCGGUGUCUUUUGGUGUUAGCAAUGUCAAGUCAAUUAACCGAUUUAUAUAGGGUUGUUCUUCACACUGCAUGUGGUCUUGCAUGAGCAAAAAUGUAAACGGAAAGAUGCAUAGACGUUGCUCUUAUUGUUUGUGUCACAAGACUCGCUGCAUUGUAUAACUGUCCCCAGCCAUAGUGCCUUACAUAUUUGAGGUUGUUAAUGUUACUACUUAUAUAUGACUAUAUACAUGAAUAUUAAUGUACUGGACUGCAGCACUUGAAAUUCCAAUCAGUCGAUGCAUCCUAUGUGUGAGUAUAUAUAUGCACACGUGUAUAUGUCCAUGCAUAGCCUGCAUGGAUGUGAUGUAUCGCGGAUAGCGGUGCUUAUCUUUUGGAGUCAGUGUAUAUUUCAGUGUGUAGUGAGUUACUUUUCUGUUCUUACAAGAAGAACAGCAUGCUUUGCUGUUGCGAAUGCUUACUGUUUCAUUAAAAAACGUUCGUUUUUUUUUUCUCUUCGUUCUCCCUUUUCCCGAAUGAACUAGUGUACAAAGUGCAAGUAAUGAGUAUUGCUUAAUAUUUGAUAAUCACUUUCUAUUUACUGAAACUAUUAUUACAAACAGUAUUUGUACUGUUUGAUGAAACUGCAAUACAAUCUAAAUAGUCGUUGAUUCGUUUUCUUUUUCGUCUUCGUAUUUUCAUUUUGAGUGUUUUCACUUUGUUUCUUAGAUGUUUAGAAGUGUGGUGGGCAUGGCUUUGAUUAGGUAAGGAAAAAAAUGCAAAUUAAUUCACGGUAUGGAAUUUUCUAAGCCUGAGCAAACCAUGCAGUAUUCGAUAUACACACAUAUAUGGACAUAUAUUAUAGAGCUAGACUAUUUAGUACAGAUGCUUGAUAAGGUGUGAGUUAAUUGUGUGCAAUUCUCUCAUUUAUGCAUGUGUGACAAAGUUAACUUUUUCCCUUUACAUUAUACCAUUUGUUAAAGGCUUAAGGCUCAUCGGUGUCGACUGCUUAUUUUAUACAUUCCGUCAGGGAGGAUAUAUACAUAUAUAUAUAUAUAUGAUGGUAGCACCAGUCUAUAUAUAUGUAGAUAUGCUGUGUGUGCAUUUUAUCUGUUCAUUUUACUAGUUAUGCGUGUAUUUUUUUGUCUUUUAUUUUCAAAUGAAGUUGCUUGUGCAGCACCAAAGACUGUAAUUCAUUUCCUGAGCAAGGUAGCUAUUCUGUUUGCAUAGACCUCAGUUAUACUGUAGUUGUAGAAUGGGGGUUAAAUUAAAACAAACAAAAAAAUUGUAUUUAAAAAAAAACAAAAAAACGGCCGAGGUUUUGUCUAGCUUAUUGGGCAAUUAAUAAGUCGUAUCAUUUCUUUCUUGAAUGUAUCAUAGAUAAGCUGCUAUAUGAUGAUUGCCACUUCGAUAGCUGUGAAAUUAGGUGAUUUCUCUGAGUUUAAACCUAGCGUUGCUAUUUUUGUAUAGGUCCCUAAUUAUCUGAAAUAGAAGUGGUUUUGAUUUUUGUGUUUUGCGUUCAUAUUUGGAGUGUCAUUGUAACUACUGUAUUGCUGAUGAUGAACAUUAGUUGCAUUUGUUGUUUCUCGGGGUGUGUGUUUUUGCAUCAGUAUUUUAUCCUUAUUAACCUUUCGGGCUCAUCACUGCAUAUAAAUAAUGUAUCGAUGUAACUUAAUUUUUGUAUGUUUUCAUAUUGACGUUUUGUACACAUCUAAAGCUGUAGCUUGCAGGAUUGAUUUAACUUUUUCAUUGUACGUGUAUGCGGUAUACGACCAGCGCUCUUAUGUGUGUUACAGGAGCACUGUGAGAUGCCAGAAAAAAACAUUAUGUUCAUCGAAAAGCUUCUGUAAUGUUCCACCAAUUACACGCAAACGCACUCGCCACAAAGCACUCAUACAGGUAGUUAGGCUUGUAAGGGUUUGGGGUGAUUAGACUGUCCAAAAAUAAAUUCAGCCCAAUGUUUCUGUACCAAAAUAAUGUUUUACAACUUGUUUUACUGUUAAAUUGAUUUCAACAAAUAUUUAUUGCAACCCUUUUGACUGUUCAAUGUUAUACCUGGCUAGAAUAUCAGUUUCACAGUUUGUUAUUCUAAACUGCCUUGUGUUCAGAUCGCUCUCCCCUUUAUGAGUGUCUCAUAUCGAAAUGAUGUU